AGGUCUGUUGAAUAUUGGGUAUUGAGUCAGUGUUGGGCGAGGAAACUGAACAUGUGAUGGGAACACCCUGAGUGAAUGUUGUGUAGGGUGUGAUGAGUUCAGGCAGGUGUUGGUGUGGUGCUGUGGCGUAAAGCUCAGUAGCCAGGGUGAACAGCCUUCCGAGACAACACUAGCACGUGGUGGAAGUGGUUUUUAUCAUUGCUUUGUUUAUAAUUGCAGUGACUUUUUUGGCCAUAAUAUCUGCUUUCACCAUAGCUGUUGGAAUGUCUGAUUUACAGCAUUUACUUUGACUCGGCUUCAUGACACAUUAACUAAGCUGUUGGGUUACAUUAAAUACUUAACUAAAAAUAUUGUUUUAUUGCAGUGCAUAACAGACUUAAGUCAUUACUAAUAUGAAAGAUCUCAAAGUUUGGGCAUUAAUGGUUCACUUGAUCUAGAUUUCCUUAAAUGUUCUGCCACAUCCAUUUCACAAACACCAAAGGAAUACUGCUGCUACUUAGACUGAACAAUUACACAUCACAAUGCACCUUUUUUCUGUGCUGUCUUCUGUAGGCUACAUGGUAAGGGAUGACUGGUGAGGACCUGCCGGUAAAGCCCUCCUGUAUAUUGCUGCUACAGUAAGAUGGUUGUGUGAAGGAAUGUUAUCUGCCUUCAUGAAGAAAGUUAUCAGAAAUAAUGCAAUGAAAGGUUGGUAUUUUGAAGAUGAGUCAAUCUUACCGUGAUGGCUGAGUGUUGAAAAAAAAAAAAAAAAACUGAUCAGUCAAAAGAUGUUAAGUAAAUAUUACCUGAAAGAGUAGUUUUUAUAACAUAUGAAUAAAAUAAAGAGAAAGAGUUGAGUACAGCUAUUAAUGAUGCAGUUAUUGGUCAGUUUUAGACUUAGGGGUAAAGCUUUGUGGUCCAUCAUUCAAAGAAAGCUGGUCGCUUAAAAAUAAAUGAAUAAAAUUAAAAUAGUUUACCCUACCUUGAAUCUCUCGCUCUCUCUCUCUCUCUCUCUCUCUCUCUCUCUCUCUCUCUCCGUGUGUUUAUAUUAUCAUACUGUAUUGUUAUAUAUUUCGACUUCUAAUAAAGUAAAAGCAAUAUCAGAAUUACUCUAUAAGGUUAUUUGAUAUUUGCAAACCACGUGCCGACUGCCGGACAAGAGCAAGACUGUCCGUGUCCGCGUCCGUGGCCCAGUGAGGUUUGUUUACAUUUUGGCCUGGCAGGACGUGACUCGAAGGGAACUUGCCAAUAUUUACUCACUCCCGUCAAAAAUACGUCAGCUGGCACCAGAUUGGUCCUGACACAGUGGAAGACACCAGCCGGGAGGGAGGGCCACACAACACACAUGGAUGGCGAGGACAGUGCGACAGAUACGCCACACCUAGAUGUGGUGCAUAUAUCCAUUGAGGAUGCCAGGGACUCCAAGGCCUGUGUGGGGCAUGACAGGGACACACUGGCACUCAUGAUACAGGAGCACAGGGAGGUGAUGCACAACCUUGCCGAGAUACAAGGCAAGUCCCCGAAGAGUCUGGUGAUGAGUGUGGCCAAGUAUGAGGCCAUCGUCCACCACCUCCAGCACCCGACAUUCAAGGUGGAGCCGCACUUCAAGCACUGGGUCAAGACACGCAAGUUUCAGCUCCUUGACUUGCCGGAGGAGGACGAGAGACAAGUGCUGGUUAUUGCCAAAGAUAAGGUAGAUAAGUGGGGGUUCAAUUCCUCCUUUCUGCGAGUGGUCCAUGCUGGCCACCUGUCAGAUCUGGUGUACAAGACACACGCUGAGGAGCUCCAGCACUGCGGCUACAAGAGAGUCCUAGAGAAGCUUCAGAGGCGGUACUUUGGCGUGACUCGUGUGUAUGUGCAGGAGUUUUGUAAGAGCUGCCCUGUGUGUAAGCUGAAGCCACACCAUUCUGCUGCAGUGGGGCCACAGGGGCAGAGUCCAGAGGCACGCACGCAGCCCAGGGUGGAGCGGCACGGGUUCUUCCAAGACAUGGCACACAUUGACCUUAUAGACAUGCGUCACUCGCCCGAUGGUGAGUACCGCUACAUUGGGCACUUCAUGGACGAGUACAGUCGCUUCCACGUGCUCUUCCCCAUGAAGCGCAAGGCCGCCCCUGAACUCUCGCGUCUCCUGGAGGAGCGAGUUCUGGGUUACUUUGGUCCCCCUAAGGUGUUCUAUGGCAGUGAGGGGGUGGAGAUAGCAAACCGUCUGGUCACCACAACGCUGGAGAAGUGGGAUGACAAGGUGAACUUCGUGGACAGGCACUCGCGGACCUCUCGCUCCGGCCGGGUGAUGGAACGCUCCCGCCAGGCCAUACUGGACCGCCUCGCCGACAUCAGGGAGAAUGAAAUGGACAGCAGAAGGGCCAAGCACUACCCCUGGGCAUCCUGGCUCCCUCGGGUCAUGUUCACCAUCAACAGUGAGUGCCAGGAGAGUGCCAGAGACUCCCCUUACUUCUCAGUGUAUGGCUGCAGCUCCCCAGUGUUGAUGUUUACUGAGGAGCGGUGCCAGGGCCAGGAGGAGCCCUUGGAUAGUGACGGUGAGCAGGAACUGGAUGCAAGGGGGAGGGAGGGUGUCUGCUGGGGCCCUGAGGCAGUGGCGGCGACAGGGGAUGAGGAGGAAACGCAUGCAACGGAGUCAGGUUUUGACACCACAUUACAGGAGCAGGACCACAACUAUAUCACCACCAUUACUGCCACUAGUAAGAGGUUUAAAAUGGAGCCGCCAGACUAUGAUGAGGAUGACUGAGCCAGGCCUUCUCCCUCCUGGCAGCUCCCCGGCUCAGGUUGUAUUUGUGGGUGAGUGGGUCCCUGACUGAGUGUUUAUUAGUCACCAAUGAGGAUAUGAUUCGUGCCGCCGCCACCACCACCACCACCACCACCACCACCACCACCACCACUACUACUACUACUACUACUACUACUACUACUACUACUACUACUACUACUACUAUUACGGAAAACUAUUCUGUUUGGAGUAUUUUUUAUUUUUAUUAUUAUUAUUAUUAUUAUUAUUAUUAUUAUUAUUAUUAUUAUUAUUAUUGUCGUUCUUGUUUUACGUGCGACCUCAAUCAAUAAUGAAAACACAUGCGGUACAAUCAGCUGAUGGAAGGGGAAGAGAAAGAAGAGGAGAGCGGAAAGAGAGAUCCUAGGAGAGACUAGCGCGAAAUUAAAGGAAAAAGAAUGCGAGUUACUUGAAUGAUCAGGUCAGGUCAGAUAUAGGUCGGGAAGCUUGGCCUCUGUAUCGGCGCUUCCCUGAUUAUCUUUUUAUUUUGCUCUGCCCAUUAAGUUCUUCCGCUGACUAAUUAAUUAUCUCUUCCUCCACAUUUCAUACACUAUAUUUCCUUCUCUUGUAUCCUUAGAUUGUCAAAAAGUAAUUGUCCUGUAAUAUUUUCUUUUUGUAUAUAUAAUCUUUGCAAAGU